AUGGCCUCCCGUCGUCUUCAGCACGUCCUAUCGUCCCUCACUCCGGCUGUGGAACCCAUAGGCACUCUCACCGUAGGAGAUAUCUCUUAUGAUGUGCCCCCGACGUCUGAUCCUGCUCGACUGCCGCAUUCCGAGGAUGCUAUACUCGACCUGAACGACCCUGUCAACUUGGAGAACGUUCAGUUCCUCCUGCAGAAAUAUCUGCUCGGACAGGACGUGUUCCUCGUCGGACAGCCGGGCCCCUACGCGCGGAGACUGAUUAUGACCUUCUGCCGACUUAUCAACUCUGAAUACGAACACAUCGCUCUUCACCGAGACGUGGGCGAAACCGAGCUGAAGCAAGGACGCGAGAUUCGUGCAGGAGGAAACCUUGUCUAUGUGGACAGCGCCGCAGUCCGUGCCGUGAAGCACGGACGAGUGCUGGUCAUCGAAGGAGUAGAGAAAGCAGAGCGCGGUAUUAUGCCUCUGCUGAACAACUUGCUAGAAAAUCGUGAGAUGAAUCUAGACGAUGGCACGCACAUCAUUCACCCGCAUCGCUACGCCCUCCUCGAAUCCCCUUCCUCCUCGAAGGCAGCAAUAUCUCCCACAAUCAAGUCAGAAGUGCAGCUUGUCCCCGCCCAUACCCGCUUCCGCGUCAUCGCCCUGGGCGCACCCGUCCCGCCCUACCCAGGUUACCCGCUCGACCCGCCCUUCCGUUCUCGCUUUCAAGCACGCUUCAUCGACCCAGUUGGCGCGAUGAUGGCGCUCGCUGCACCCCGCCCCACCAGUCUCGACAUCCCUAUUAGCGCCUCAGAGCCUUUUGCCCCGGCACGCAUCGCCAAUCCUGCGCUGUCAGUCGGCGAGGACGGCCUAUACGAGAAAUUGAGGCAAGUGAUCGUCGCAACACAGUACGCAAGCGAGGCAAGGACGUCGCUCGACAGCAGCGCGCGUUCGACCCUCCCCGCGUUCCCGCAGACAGCCCUCGCGAAGCUGCGGACGCUGUUGGCAACCUUCCCUGUACGCGAUGCCGCUGUGCUGUCACCUGUCCUCCUAGCACGUUUGGUGCUCACAAUACACCCCGCACUGACGCAUGCGCCAUUCGUUGCAUGGGCACUGCUCUCACGGCAGCUUGAGGAGGCGGGGGUGGGCGCCCUGGGCAGCCCGGCGGAGAGUCAAGACGAAGAGGGCACCGGUCUACUCGGCUACACCCUGCUCAAGAUCGAGCGGGCUGGCGAGCGCAUUGCCCGUCUCACCUUCACCGACCCUUCAGGAACGCAUGUCGCCGUCUCAGUCCCUGCAGGCCCGCGUCCGCUCAUUCCGUACCCCCUCACCGACAAGCUCGGAUUCCUCCCCACCCCGCGCUUCGUCGGCCUCCUCACGAGCAUGCUACAGGCACAUGCGCUCGGGUACGACAUGUCGCUCGUCCCGCCUGCGCUGUCCGGCGCGAGCUGCAGCACGAGCACGCUCGUGCGCACGUUUGCGCGGGUGCUCGGGUACGAGAGCGAGGAGUGGGGAAUGUACAAGGAGCUGGGCGGGCGGGAGCUCGUUAUGAGGAGGGUCGUAGAGGAGGGCGGGGCGACGCGAUGGGAGCCGAGCAUGCUCGUAGAUGCUGCGUGGGCGGGGAAGAUGGUUCGGCUGGACGGACUGGACACGCUGGGUAGUACGGCGGGCUCGCUCGCGCGGCUCACGCAGGACAGGGAGUGCGAGUUGUGGGAGGGCCGAAGGAUCGUGCGGUCUGCGUCGGAAGAUGAGGUGAGGAAUGAUGGUCUAAGCACCGCUCAUCCUUCUUUCCGGAUAAUCGCCACCGCCUCCAAGUCCCAGCCUCUGAAUGACUGGCUCAACGCCGAGCACGCCAAUAUGUUCUUUACCCUGCCUCUCCUACCUAUGGCCCGCAAAGAAGAGUCCACCGUCCUCUCGCAGACCGGGUGUGCGCCCUCGACAAUUGACAGGCUACUCGGCUUUGCCGACCGAUACCGCGCUCGCUUCACGGGUGCUGAGUCAGGCUCAAGUUCCGCAAUGCACACCCAGAAGAACCGCAAGCUGGGCACACGCGCAUUGGUCAGGAUAUGCAAGAGGAUGGCGCGAGCGCGAAACGGAGAAGAAGACGAUCUGAGAGCGCUUUUGGCACGUGCGGUUUUGAAGGAGUUUCUACCCCGGACAGAGGCUAUGAGCCUCGAUGAGUUGCUCGAGGAGUGUGACAUCCCGCGCAGGAGCCCACCUUUUAAUCCUCCACCCGUCGUCUCAGGAGACGGCAUUACUUUCCCGGUCCCGACACACUCAAGCUCUGGUAGCGAAUCCUUGCCGGACAGCCAGAGGGCGACGUUCAUACCCGCUUUCGACUCGAAGCGGGAUCCUGAGGGUGUGCAGACGCACGUUCCACACAUGGAUCACUUCUACGACAACAGCCUGCAGACCGGCUUGAUGCGAGAUGUGGCCGUUGAUCUAGAGAUGGGAGAACAUCUAGUGCUCCUGGGCAACCAAGGUGUUGGCAAGAACAAGAUUAUUGACCGUUAUGCUGACCACGCUCAGUUACUCCGACGGCCCCGCGAAUACAUUCAACUUCAUCGUGAUACGACCGUCAAUCAACUCAUGUUCACCACUGUACUGUCCCGAGGUACCAUUGAGUACAGCGAUUCGCCCCUUUUGCGCGCUAUCACACAUGGACGAGUCAUGGUCGUUGACGAAGCUGACAAGGCCGCGGAACAUGUUGUCGCAAUCUUCCGCGGGCUCGCGGGGCACGGCCAGCUGACCCUCGCAGACGGACGUAGGGUACGUGCGGAGAAGGAGCGCGAAGGUGAUUUAGUCGUGCAUCCGGACUUCAGACUUAUUCUCCUUGCGAAUCGACCUGGCUACCCCUUCUUGGGCAACCACUUCCUUCAGGUGCUCGGCGACAACUUCAGCUGUCAUGCAGUGACGAAUCCUGACCUCGAGAGCGAGAGGAAGCUGCUCUCCCAGCUUGCGCCUGAUCUGAAGGAAGACAUGAUCAUCCGACUGGUCGGCGCGUUCCAAGACUUGCGCAAGGCGUACGAGGCCGGAACCUUGACUUACCCCUACUCGCUGAGAGAGCUCAUAAACAUCGUUCGGCAUAUGCAAACGUACCCAAACGACCCGCUUGAGACCACACUGCGUAAUGUCUUUGACUUCGAUGUCUACAAACCGGAGACAAUCACGAGAUUGGGCGAGAUCCUCGAUCAUCACGGGUUGGUGGUCAAACGUCUUGGGUUGGACGCAGCCCGCGAUACGGCACAGAAGAAAGUACUGGACGUGAAGUUCGAGCCGAAGGGAAGCACAGAACUUUCAAGUCCAAAGUUUGGUAAGGAGGACCCGCAGAAUAAGCCUCAUACAGGAGGCAACACGUGGGCGGGAGGAACUGGCGGACGAGACACCGCAGGUAUGGGUGGUCGCGGCGGCUACAUGCGUCUAUUCAAGGGGCACGAUAUCAACCAGGUCUCUGAUGCUCUCAAGAAGGACGUACCUGACCAUAUCAAGGAAAAGGCGCGCGAGAUGGCCCGGCAGGAGUUGGCACGCAGGCUCGAGGAACUGGACAUGAAGGUCAGCGAAGCCAAAGGCUACGGGGCGCUGUUGACCGCUGUGGAAUCGCACAUUGCAACCUUACAUGACCUGCUUGAGAACUUGGCCGCGAGAGAAGAAGAGCGUGUUUGGGUCAAACGACAGACUGAUGGGGAGCUGGAUGACAGUCGUUUGACUGAAGGUUUAACUGGCGAAGCGACUGUGUACAAGCGCAGGGGAAUGGCAAAGCCCGAGCUAGGUCGACCGCAAAUCAAACCGAAGCGGAUCCGGUUUGUCUUCGACAUCAGUGCUUCGAUGUAUCGCUUCCAGUACGACGGGCGGUUGCAGAGAAGCAUGGAGACCGCUGUCAUGCUGAUGGAAACAUUCAGCCGGCUAACUCGAAAGGACAAAUAUGUUUGGGAUAUGUACGGACAUUCUGGAGACUCGCCGGUGAUUCCUCUGGUCGAAACAGACAACCUACCUACCGAGAUCAGGGAUAGAUGGAAAGUCGUCGAGAAGAUGGAGCUGGUUACCCAGUACGCUUUUGCGGGCGAUUAUACAGUGGAGGCCAUUGACCAGGCAGUGAACGACGUAGCGAAGUUCGAUGCUGAUGACUGGUUUGUGAUCACAAUUACGGAUGCCAAUUUUGCACGCUAUGGCAUCAGCGAGGAAGAUCUACAGCGGGUUAUGACCCGCCAGCCGAAGGUGCACACUGCUCUGAUUUGCAUUGGAGAAGGCGCCGAGGCUCUGUGGAUCCCCAAGAAACUACAGGGUAGGGGUUUCCGCGUUACGAACACAGCAGAUAUCCCGGUAGUGCUCAGAAGUAUCUUGUCCACUAUGAUGGAUCGAUAG